CUCAACUCUCUGAUUUAUAGUUUCACAAAGAGUUUUCUUUCCACAUUGAAGAUCGCAGGUGUGUCAAAGAAGUCAAGGAAAUAGCCAUGAAUGCCCCCAUAAAAGUCAUCGUCAAAAAUCAGGAAGGAAAUAAGUUGGUUUUCCAGGUCAAACGUGACGUCAAGCUAAGGAAAGUUUUGAAUUUGUAUUGUGAGAAACAAGUUCUGCAAUAUGGGACUGUUAAUUUCUUAAUUAAUGGAGAACGCUUCGAUCAUGACCUUACUCCUAAUGAAGUUAAAUUAGAGGAAGGAGAUGAAAUCGAUGCAUUGUUACCCGCGAAUGGAGGCGGUCAUCCUUCAUGAAUGUUUUAAGAUUGCUUGUAAUCCAAAUCAAACUUAAGUUUUGGAUGGAUGAAAUUAAUCAGGGGAUGUUUGAAAA